UCGUUUGGAAUUCUUUCAUUAACACCCUUCGUGUACACACAACAUACCAUGACUCUUUCUCGGCUUUCUUUCAUCAUCUCCUUCAUUUUGUCCACAGCUUCGAUUUCUGGACAGAAAAUUUACAGUCCGACUCUGAGUCUACAACGCGAAGACAUCUUCGGAGACCCAGAACAUGCAGUGUCAGCAUCCAUAGCUAACGAAUUUGAAACCUUCUUCUUCAACCAAACGCUCGAUCAUUUCAACUACAGACCCGAGAGCUAUGCUACCUUCAAACAAAGAUACUUGAUCAACUCCAACUAUUGGGCCGGCGCAAAUUCUAGUGCGCCAAUCUUCGUUUACCUCGGUGCCGAAUCGCCAAUCGAUGGAGCCACGACUAUUAUCGGGUUUCUGACAGAUAAUGCAGCUCAAUUCAAAGCUUUAUUAGUUUAUAUUGAGCAUCGGUAUUAUGGUGAGUCAAUCCCACUUGGGAUGAGCUUCGAAGAAGCUCUCGGAGAUGCAAAUGUUCGUGGGUAUUUUAGCUCGGCCCAAGCUUUGGCCGAUUAUGCAGCCAUUAUCUUGCACGUGAAGCAGAAUUUGAAAGCCAGGGAUUCUCCAGUUAUUGUCGUGGGAGGAUCAUAUGGAGGAAUGCUUGCUUCGUGGUUCCGGCUAAAAUAUCCACACGUGGCCCUUGGAGCUCUGGCUUCGUCAGCUCCAAUACUGUAUUUUGAGGAUAUGACCCCGCAGGAUGCUUACUACUCAGUGGUCACCAAGGAUUUUAAGGAAGCUAGCGAGACUUGCUACCAAACUAUAAGAGACUCGUGGUCAGAGAUUGACAGAGUUGCUCAAGAGCCUAAUGGCACUUCAAACUUGAGCAAGAUGUUCAAGACUUGCAAGCCUUUAGAGAGUGGAGAUGAGGUGAAGAGCUACUUGAAAUUGUUGUACGCGAGAGCAGCUCAAUACAAUGAUCCACCAAGAUAUCCAGUGACCCAGAUAUGCAGCGGCAUUGAUGGAGCAAAUACUAGCGAAAAUGGCAUUCUUGGCAAAAUAUUUGCAGGCGUCGUCGCCUAUAACGGGAGCUCCACAUGCUACGUCAAUCCUCCCACUAAUGUUUCUCAAACUAGCUUGGGUUGGAGGUGGCAGAGAUGCAGCGAAAUGGCAAUGCCCAUAGGCAUCACAAGCAAUUCUAUGUUCCAACCACAACCUUUCAUCUUGAGCAACUUCACUGACGGAUGCAACUACCAAUUCGGGGUCGUGCCUCGCGCGCAUUGGGUCACUACGUACUACGGUGGUCAUGAUAUAGAACUCAUUCUUCGAAGAUUCGGUAGCAACAUUAUUUUCUCAAAUGGACUUCGAGAUCCUUGGAGUACCGCCGGGGUCCUGAAAAACAUUUCAGAGAGUAUCGUUGCUAUCUUUACAGAGAAAGGUUCCCAUUGUUUGGAUAUACUUGUGGAGAAGCAAACUGAUCCAGACUGGUUGGUCUUGCAGCGAAAAGCUGAAGUAGAGAUUAUAAAAGGGUGGAUAGCCAAAUAUUAUGCCGAUCUUCUUGCUUUCAAACAAUGAUAUGAAGAGUUGUUAUCGCCAUAAAUAUGGAUCGUGAAUUGGUUCGGGAAGGCCAUUUCAGUGACAGAUGGGAACACAAGAAUAAGGCCUAUGUAUCUCACCAUAAAGUUAUCCUUGUAUUUCAUUGCUCCAUUAGAACGAGCUCUUAAG